UCUCCCAACCCUAACCUGUUUUGACUCUCUCAAUAUGGAGGAAAGUAGAACAAAAACUCAUUCACAUUAAGGUGUUAGUCAUUUGCAUUCAGGAAAUCCUAAAUCCUACUGUGUGCAACAUACUGUACUCAGCCCCUUUGGCAUGUCAUAAAGGAGACAUUAUUCUCUAGGAGCUUACUCUGUGGUGGUGGUGGGGUACAAAUGACAAGUAAAAAUACUUGUCGGUAAGUGAGAUAGAUCUACAAAGGAAACCCAAGUAUAGAAGUCAAGAAAAAUAGAGGAAUGGAGAGAUAGAUAACUUUGAUCUGGAGGGAAGGAAGACAGAAGCAGCUUAAUAGGAUGCUUUACUCAGUGCUUUGUACAUAGUCAUGUGUACUUCCUUAUUUUCAGAUUUCUUGUAGAGGAAUGUUUUAUAAUCUUUAAAGCUUUGUAUCAACAGUUCUUCAUUCUUUUUGUGUCUUGGAACUUUUGGCAGUCAGGUGAACAUUAUGGAUCUUUUCUCCAAAUAAUGUUUUAAAUGUAUUUUUAAAAUAUGUGCGAUUGUGAAGGAAACCAAUUAUGUUAAAUUAAUUAUAAAAAUGUUUCUAAAACACCUUUGUGAUUCUCUCAAUAGAUGCAGAAAAAAAAACUUUUGACAAAAUGUGCCACCAAUUCCUACUGAAAACAUAAUAAUAAAUGGAGAAUUCAUAAAAAGAUAAACAAUAUCUAUCUAAAACCAAGAGAAAGCAUUAUUUGUAAUGGGGAUAAAUGAGAAGCCUUCCCAGGAAGAUCAGGGAUGGAGCAAGCAUGUCCAUCAUCACCAUUACUGCUCAAUGCUGUGCUAGAAAUGCUAGCUAUAACAAUAAGAUCCAAGCUUUGGGUGCAAGAACUCACUAUCUGACAAGAUUUCCUGUGACAACUGGAAAGCAGUUUGGCAAAAAUGAACAUAGACCAAUAUCUUACACUGUAUGCCAAGGGCCAGAAGUCUCCGGACAGAUUCCAGGCUCAGGGGACUUGAUCGGCAUCAAAGGAGAGUCAGUUACUCUUUCUUUGGACAUCAGGGCAAAAGAGAAGAUUGAAAACAUUACUUGGAUUUCACAAACACCAGUUGCUGUUGUGUGCUCAGGAGAAGGAAGAAAACUAGCCAAUAUCACAUCAAUACACCCUCUUUACGUGGGAAGGUUGAAAGUCCCUGCCCAUAGCUAUUCUCUAGAGAUCAGUGCACUGAGGAUGGAGGAUGCAGGGUCCUACAAAGCCCUGAUAAUCACUCAGACCUGCUCUGUGGGCACCAUCAAGGAGUUCACCUUGCACAUCCAUGAUUCUACCCUUUUUGCUCAUUCAGUGGCCUCACAUUCUUCUUCCUUGGGGAAGGAAACUCUCUUUCUUGGGUUCCUGGGGGUCCUGAGAAUUGGACACAUUUGAUCCUGACAAAGAAAAAAUCAAGAGGAGGAGUGGAAGAACAGGAGGCCUGCUGUGAGAUACCAUGGGAUAACCAGUUUUUUGUCUAUGCCCAAUGGAGAGCUGACAAUUAAGAAUAUAGCACCCCUAGUUCUUCAUAUCAUUUAGAAUCCCUGUAUCUGCAGAGAUGGAUUGAUUGAAAAAUUCUUCUUCAUCUGCUCCUGAUAUUGUUGGAGGUAAAAAAUGACACUUUCCAUGAAACUUGAAAAUAGGAUUGUAAAUAAACAAUUACAUAGUCAUUUCCUUUUUCUUUAUUCAAAUAUAUUUCACUUUCCAAAUUACAUGUAAUAAUAAUUUUCAACAUUUGUUUUCCAAUAUUAUAGGAUCUGAAAUGUCUUUUUCCCUUCCCAUCCUUUCCUACUCCUCUCAGUGAUGGUAAGCAACUUAUUCUGGGUUAUAUAUGUAUUAUCAUGUAAAACAUCCUUCCAUAUUGAUCACUGUUGUCAGAGAGUACUCAUAUAAAACCCAAACCCCAAAAUAAAAUAACCAAUGGGGAAAAUAGUGUUACUGUAUACAAUAUUCUCCGGGUUUUACUUAUUUCACUCUGCAUCAGUUCAUGUAAAUCUUUCCAUUUUUUUCCCUGAAACCAUCCUGUUUAUUAUUUCUUAUAACACAAUAAUGUUCCAUCAUCAAUAUAUACCACAAUUUGUUCAUCCAUUUUACUUAGAUUUUGAGAUUUCUUGUCAUAUAAUUGGGCAAAAUAGCUCUUAGUGAUUGUUUUAAUUUUCUCUUCAUUGGUGGUGAGUUCACCCUUUUCAUUUUUCAUACUGGUUAUUUGAAUUCUUCUAUCUUUUUUAAAUCAAAUUAACCAAUGCUCUAUCUAUUUUAUUUGUUUUUAUUUUCAUAAAACUAAUUCUUAGUAUUACUUAUUAGUUUAAUUGUUCUGUUACUUUUAAUUUUAUUAAUAUCUCCUUUAAUUUUUAGAAUUUCCAAUUUAGCCUUUAAUAGAGGAUUUUUAAUUUGUUCUUUUUCUAGUUUUUUUAGUUUCAUGCCCAAUCCAUUGAUCUGCUUUUUGUUUAUUUUAUUGAUGUAAGUAUUAGAGACAUAAAUUUUCCCCUAAGUACUGCUUUUGCUGUAACCCAUAAAUUUUGAUAUGCUAUCUCCUCUGUCAUUCUCUUUAAUAAAAUUAUUUAUUGUUUCUAUAAUUUGUUCAUUGACCCCCCUUUUUAGAAUUAUAUUAUUUUGUUUCUAAUUAAUUUUUAA